GAAAUCAAACGCGGCUGGUCUCUCCACUGCGGAGUUAAAUCUGUAUAAUUCCAACGCCGCAAUACGUUUUGUGAGGGCUCGCGAGCUGCCGUCUGUUGUUCGCCUCGUCCAGGUUUCCUACUUUCUCGCCGUCGACCUGGUUCCCCGGAACGGGUUGCCUUAUGCUUUACUGGGGGUUGAUUUUCUCGUUGGGGAUUCGGGACCUUGGGAACUCUGGCGCUGUCGAUUCCCGACGAGCCUCGAGUUAUCGGACCCCUCGAUUUUGCUAGCGUUGAGGGCAUGGGCGGUGAUGCGCUUGUUGGGGGUAUUGGGGCUUUCUUUGAUUUCCAUAUGGUCAUUUGAGGAGAAUAUGGGUGCUUAUGAUCCUUCAGAAGCAACAACAUCAUGUAUAGAUUCCACAAAAGAUUCACAGAGCACUGUAGAGAUUAAAAUUAAAACAUUGGAUUCUCGAACGUACACUUUGCGAGUAGACAAGUCUGUGCCAAUCCCAAAGUUGAAGGAACAAAUAGCCGGUAUAACUGGGGUAAUCUCUGAACAACAGCGUUUAAUAUGCCGUGGCAAGGUUUUGAAAGAUGAUGAAAUCCUGUCUACGUAUCAUGUUGAAGAUGGUCACACUUUGCAUCUGGUUGUUAGACAACCACAACCAUUUUCUUCAUUCCCAUCAACAAGUCAUAUGGAAAAUGAAGGUGCACCAGUUUCAAAUGCUACUUCAGAUACUCAUCGUAGUCAUGUUGGUCAAGGAGCUCGUACCUUAGUCUUUGAGACUGUCAAUAUUGGCCAAGGGGACCAUCAUACUCAACAUCUUUCUCAGAUUAUAUCUAGUAUCUUAAAUGCUGUUGCAACAAGAAACACUGGAUCCCAGACCUCAAGUACAGAUCUCAGGGAUUUGGGUGCAAGAACCUCUCUUGACGUUCCAGGUGGUGAGCUUGGUUCUAGGCAGUUACCCGACCAAUUCCAGCCUGCAGUUUCAUUGGGCCCCCAACAGCCAACUGUAAUUCCUGAUUCUUUGACCACUAUACAUCAGUAUUUGAGCUUCAUGAGAGAUGAGUUCUUCAGAGAAGGUGUGGAGUACAGAAAUGAAGCAAGCAUCACUAAUAUGCUCGGCAAUGGUCUUCAGUCUCGCCAUUCUUUUAUCCCAGGUGGCCUACCAAGUCCAGCAUCUUUAGUAGAAGUUCUGCUUUCUACAAGAGAAUUGCUAAUGAUGCAAGUUGAUGGAUACAUAUCACAAUUCGCAGGGCGCCUUGAGGAUCAAGCAAGUUUGACCAAUACACUUAUGCGUGGGAACCUUCAAAAUAGUGUGCUUAGAUCUGGAGUCUUAUUGCAGAACUUGGGUUCCUUGUUACUAGAGCUGGGUCGUACGACAAUGACAUUGCGAUUGGGUGAAAGACCAGCUGAUGCUGUGAUCAAUGCGGGACCAGCAGUUUUCAUCUCUGCAACUGGACCUAAUCCUGUGAUGGUUCAGCCUGUUCCUUUCUAUCCAGGAUCAAAUUUUAAUGCACAUAUGGGAGCUGCACACAAUGGCCAUGGUUUACAAGGUGAAUCAUUGGGUACUACAUUUCUUCCAGGAAAUAUCAGCAUUCGUCUUCGUGCAGGUCGUACCUUACCAGUUUCCCCUCAUAACCUAGGCACACAAGGUGGACAACAAGUACAAGGAUCAACAAAUCCAACUGAAAAUACUUCCACUGCAAAUGUUGCUGAUCUAGCUGUUUCUGGAGCUCCAAAUAAUCCAGCUGUUGCUGGAGAUUCUGGAGUUAGAGUAUUGCCAAUAAGAACGGUGGUUAGUGUACCUGCUGGCGCUGGCCGUUCAACAUCUGAGUCAUCUGGCAGUGCAGUUGGGCUAAUCUACCCUUUUCUUGCAAGGGUUCAACAUGUCACUUCUGGAAAUUUGGACGAUGCUGGGACCAAUGAAUUGUCAAAUGGGGUGAAUGAUAAUGGUCAUAACAGUGAGCAGCAGCACACUACAGGAUCCACUAUAGAAUCACAAAACUUGGAAUCUUCUAUUGGAGGUUUCAUUCAUGAGAUUAACCAAAUUUCUUCUAGUACAGUUUCUUUAGCUUCUGGAUUAAAUGCCUCAAUAAAUGAAUCAGCUUCAGCUUCACAUCAAGGCUCUUUAAGAGACUUCCUUAGUGGAGGCCAACAGUUGCAAUCGGGUAUUAACAACAACGAAAUUCAAUUUGAUCAACAAAACAGACAAAGCCCUAUUUCUCAACUAACUGGCAGAUUGGAUCAGUGGCUGCAGUCAUUUUUUCCCGCAGAGCAAGUUCAUGUUGAUGCCACUGAUCAUCCAGAGGUUGCUAGAGGUUCUUCCACUGAUCAAGCAGGCAUAGGCGGAAAUUCUCCACCUGAGGUGGGUGUAGGAGUAAGUGAGGAUGGACUAUUCUUCUCAAGGCCCCCAUGCAGAACUCGAAUGACUCUAGUACUUCCCAAAUUCGUCGAGACCCACCUGAGGCUCCCAAUCCUAAACGUGCAAGGGGAGAAUGAUUUUGAUAUUCAUAUGGAGGUGUCAAAAUUUUGCAUAAAGCGCCAGCAAAUACUACAAAGCAAACUACUGAGCACUCCACAUUUGAUUCUGAAUGUUUUUCUCCGGUCCUUGUUAAAGAGGAAUGUUAUCCAGCUUCUGAGAGAUCCCAAAACUUUUCGCCUACAUCAGAACUGAGAAGGAUUCAGGAUGAUAUAUGCAAUUCUUUUUGUUAGCGAUUGUCACUUGUACUCGAACCUGUACAAUGCCCAUUUUUUAUGCUUUAUUUCUUCAAGUUUCCGGCAAGGUGAUCAGUGCAAAUUUUAUCAAAAUUUUACUUGUAAAUCGUAGUUCAUCACCAUGACUCAUGAUAAUCUCAAACUAUUUGUGACGAUUAUGUCAUUUAACUCUGCACAAAAUCAUAGUGUCAGUAAUAUUUAUAUUUGUUAAUUACUCACCAGUUAUGUUACUUCUUCAGGUAAUUGUAUAUCCACUGGUUGUAAUAAUGUUUUUUGCAGAGAUGUUAAAUAAAAUUUAAACCGAAUUUAUGCAUUA